AUGUGCGAAAGCACAUUUCGUGCAGCUCGAUCAAUGUCUGGUCCUUUUUCAUCUGUUGUUAAUUUCUCCGUUUACGAAUUUCUUCAGCGUGUUGAAAAGCUCGCUGUUCUUCAAAGUAUCAAAUGGUCUUCUGAAUCAAAAGAAAAUAAUAUUAUAUUUCCGAAACAUCAUAACCAAUCUAAAAAAACUUCUCUAACACGUUUAACAUCCACAAUAACAAUCACAGUUACAGAGAAACCACUUGAAGACACAGUUUUUAGCGCCUAUCUUAAAGCUAAUCAAAUUAUAUCUGGUUGUGGAUUGUCUAUUCUUAAUCCAUAUGAUAAGAUGAUAUCUUUCGAAGAAGUAAAUCGUUUAGCAUACAAAAAAUUAUCAAGAUCUAAAUGUACAACUUCUAACAAGAAACAUAUUAAAUCAAAUGAUAACGAUGAUGAAAACGAAGAUGAAGACGAAGAUGAAGAUAACGAACAACACCGAUCCAACAGGCAACGUAGUGAAAGUGACAUCGUGGAUGAACAUGACGAAUCAACGUCCAUCGAUGGCUUUGAUCUUGAUAUUCUUCCGAAGGUGUCUCGUUCUACUAUUCGAGGAAUGCGCAUUUUCGAUUCCAUCGACAAUUCUCAAGCUGACUCUUUCUUUCCCGUUGAACUGAAUGGUCGUAUCAAAUAUAUGCACAAACAGACUGCAAACUGGUAUUUUUCAAAAACGAGACCCAUAUUGUCGUCAGAUCGAUUGAAAAGGGUUCAACAAACUACAUGA